CUCUUUUUUUUUUUUCUUCUUCUUCCAUGGCGAUGAUAACUUCAGUCACUAUGAAUUUUCCUCACAUUUCUACUCAUAAUAUUUCUUCAAAUCCAAUUUUUUCUCCAAUCUGUACUAAUAAUCCUUCUAAUUUCUCAUCAUCAUCUUCAUCAGUACCAAUUUCUUCGAAUUCUAUCCGUUUAUCAUCUUCAAUUGCUUACUCGGAACAAGUAAUCGCGUCUCACAAUGUCAAUCGACGAACUCAUUUGAGGAAAAAUCACAAAAUCAAGGUGAUAUGUGCUAGAAGUGAGCCUUUGAAGGUGAUGAUAUCAGGUGCCCCUGCAUCUGGUAAAGGGACUCAAUGUGAAUUGAUUGUACAAAAGUUUGGAUUGGUGCACAUAUCAACUGGUGAUCUCCUACGAGCUGAAUUAUCGGCUGGUACAGAUAUUGGAAAUAAAGCUAAGGAGUAUAUGAAUGCUGGUCGCCUGGUUCCUGAUGAGAUUGUAACAGCUAUGGUGACAACACGAUUAUCAAAGGAAGAUGCAAAAGAAAAAGGGUGGCUUCUGGAUGGGUAUCCACGAACGUUGGCCCAAGCAGAAAGUCUGGAAAGGUUGAAUAUCAGACCAGAUAUCUACAUCGUGCUUGAUGUUCCUGAUGAGAUUCUUAUUGACAGAUGUGUUGGUAGAAGGCUAGAUCCUCUCACUGGUAAGAUAUACCAUGUUACUAAUUUCCCUCCAGAGACCGAGGACAUCAAAGCAAGGCUCAUAACUCGUCCUGAUGACACAGAGGAAAAGGUAAUUUCACGUCUGCAAAUAUACAAGCAAAAUGCUGAAGCAAUAUUACCAGUGUACUCAGAUAUAAUGAAUAAGAUUGAUGGGAACCGCGGCAAAGAUGCAGUAUUUGCAGAAAUUGAUUCCUUAUUGUCAUGUGUGCAGAAAGAGGAACAAGAUGCAAGAAAAUCAGAAGAAUCAGUAAUUUCCAGUACUCGAGCUGAUAGGACAUCUUUGAGCAAGGAUUGGAGAGGAAUACCAACUAGACUGAAUAAUAUUCCUCACUCAAGAGAAAUUAGGGAAUAUUUCUACACUGAUGUGCUUCAGGCUACUCAAAGAGCUGUCAAUGAUGGGAAAACUAGAUUAAAGAUAGAAAUCAAUAUCCCGGAGCUGAAUCCUUCAAUGGAUGUUUAUCGAAUAGGUACUCUAAUGGAACUUAUCCGUGUACUUGCUCUUUCAUUUGCUGACGAUGGAAAGCGUGUCAAGGUUUGUGUCCAAGGGUCUAUGGGGGAGGGUGCACUUGCAGGGAUGCCUUUACAGCUUGCAGGAAGUCGAAAGAUAUUAGAGUACAUGGAUUGGGGUGAUUAUGGCGCGUUGGGCAACUUUGUCAAUAUUGGUACUAUAGGUGGCAAGGAGGUCGAAAAACAAGAUGACUUGUUCAUUCUAGUGGCUCCCCAGAAUGCUGUCGGAAAUUGCAUCAUAGAUGAUAUGAGAGCUAUGACUGAUGCAGCCGGUAACCGACCAAUUAUUCUUGUCAACCCCAAACUAAAGGAUUUACCUGCUUCAAGUGGUAUCAUGCAAACAAUGGGUAGAGAUAAGAGAUUGGAAUAUGCUGCAUCCUUUGAGAUAUGCUAUCAAUUCCGGCUACUCUACUAUGCAGGAACACAAUAUCCUAUUAUGGGUGCACUCAGGAUGUCGUAUCCAUAUCCUUACGAGUUAUACAAGAGAGUCGAUGAAUCACCGGGGAAGGAAAAAUACAUAUCCUUAGCAACAUUUGCAAAGAGGCCAAGUAUUGAUGAAAUGAACGAUGCCUUCGAUGGAAAAUCAAGAAAUCAAGAGAAAAAAGCAGAGGGAUUUUGGGGCUUCUUGAGUGGCAUACUAUAAGCAUCGAUGGAGAAUGCACGAACAUCAUGACAUUUAAGAUGCAACAUCUACAUUUGAACAUCCAAAACUGACGGUAAAUCAAUCAUCUCUUGGUUUUUGAAUCCUUUCGAAGUAUGCAAUCACGUUCUCGAUUUGAAGAUCUGAUUAAUGUGUUCAAUAUUGAUUUAGUCUCCUGGCACAUAUCGAUCGUAAAGUGUAUAUACAUUUCCUAUAUAUA